AUGGGAGGUGCCAGCGCAGCUGGAUCUGGACAGGGGCCCUCCUCACUUUUUCUUUUUUCAGAGGAAAACCCCAUUCGCAGAUAUACGCGCUUCAUCAUCGAGUGGCCUCCUUUUGAAUAUGCUGUGCUUUUGACAAUCAUAGCUAACUGUGUUGUAUUAGCAUUGGAGGAGCAUCUGCCCUUUCACGACAAAACCAUGUUGGCGCAAAAACUUGAAAAAACAGAAAAUUAUUUUCUCGGUAUCUUUUGUGUUGAAGCUUCUUUAAAAAUUCUGGCUCUCGGGUUUGUGCUUCACAGGGGUUCCUAUCUAAGGAACGUCUGGAACAUCAUGGAUUUCUUUGUCGUCUUGACCGGGUUACUAACGUCGAUCCCCCAAGAUUACAUCGAUUUGGACCCCCGCGCCUUGCGGGCUAUUCGAGUGCUUAGACCGCUGAAGCUAGUCUCUGGCAUUCCUAGCCUGCAGGUAGUUUUGAAGUCUAUCAUCAAGGCUAUGGCACCAUUACUUCAAAUUGGACUUUUGGUAUUAUUCGCCAUUGUUAUUUUUGCCAUAAUAGGAUUGGAAUUUUAUUCCGGUGCCUUGCAUAAAACUUGUUAUAGUCUUUACAACAUAGAUGAAAUUGUUAAAGAAGGUGAGGAAGAAGUUCCGUGUAAUACAGAUAAUGAAACACAAGCAAAAAAUCAAGGUAGUAACUGGUGUAGAGAUGGAAACUCGGUAUGUCUGGAAAGGUGGCAGGGGCCCAAUAAUGGAAUAACGUCGUUUGAUAACAUUGGGUUUGCAAUGUUGACUGUGUUUCAGUGUAUUACUAUGGAAGGUUGGACUGCCAUAUUGUAUUGGAUGAAUGACGCAAUUGGUAGUAUGUUCAAUUGGAUAUACUUUGUUCCACUUAUAGUUUUGGGAUCAUUUUUUAUGUUAAACUUAGUUCUCGGUGUUCUCAGCGGCGAAUUUGCCAGAGAAAGAGAAAAAGUAGAAAAUCGCCAAGAAUUUUUAAAAUUAAGACGAGCUGCACAGCUAGAGAGAGAAUUGAACGGUUACGUGCAAUGGAUCUGUAAAGCAGAGGAAGUAAUAUUAGCUGAAGAACGAACGACCGAAGAAGAGAAAUUACACAUAAUGGAAGCACGACGAAGAGCUGCCAGAAAAAAGAAGCUUAAAAGUAUGGGAAAGAGUAAAAGUACAGACACUGAAGAAGAGCAGGAAGAAGACGAGAUGGGCGAUGAUGGUUACGGUAAAUCCUCCUACCUGAAGUCUAGAGUGCAAGGUCAGAGUGGCUGUGCCAGGUUUUGGAGGGCAGAAAAACGAUUUAGAUUCUGCAUUCGACACGUCAUAAAAACGCAGUGGUUUUACUGGUGCGUCAUCGUAUUGGUACUGUUCAACACAAUCUGCGUUGCUGUGGAGUAUCACGGCCAACCGGCAUGGCUCACACAUUUUUUAUUUUACGCCGAAUUCGUUUUCUUGGGUCUAUUUAUGACAGAAAUGUUUAUAAAGAUGUACGCCUUGGGACCAAGAAUAUAUUUCGAGUCAGCUUUUAACAGAUUCGAUUGUGUAGUGAUAACGGGUUCCAUUUUCGAAGUUAUUUGGUCGGGACUAAAAGGUGGUUCGUUCGGAUUAUCGGUACUGAGAGCUUUGAGGCUCCUAAGGAUAUUCAAAGUGACAAAAUAUUGGUCAUCGCUGCGCAAUCUUGUAAUAUCAUUGCUCAAUUCAAUGCGAUCGAUCAUUUCGUUGUUGUUCCUUCUGUUCUUGUUUAUCCUCAUUUUCGCUCUACUUGGGAUGCAGCUUUUCGGAGGACAGUUCAACUUUGAAUCCGGAACUCCCAAUGCCAACUUUAAUACUUUUCCUAUCGCAUUGUUGACUGUGUUCCAGAUACUGACCGGUGAGGACUGGAACGAAGUCAUGUACCACGGAAUCAACGCUCUUGGUGGUCCGAACGUCGCCAUGAUAUACUCCCUUUAUUUUAUAGUUCUUAUGUUAUUCGGUAACUACACCCUCCUCAACGUCUUUCUUGCCAUCGCCGUCGACAACUUGGCCAACGCCCAGGAGCUGACGGCGGCAGAAGAAGAACAAGCGGAAGAAAACAAGGAGAAGCAGGCGCUGGAACUAGAAAAAGAAAUGGAAGCCCUUCAAAUGGAGGGCGGUCUCAAAUUGGAUGCAGGUCUUUCUAGUCCCGUCAAGUCCAGGAAAAAGGUUGAGGAAAAAGCCGAAGAGGAAGAGAUUGUGGGCCCGAAACCGAUGCUGCCGUACUCUAGCAUGUUUAUUCUUUCUUCAACUAAUCCAGUGAGGAGAGGUGCCCAUUGGGUAGUUAACUUACGUUACUUUGAUUUCUUCAUUAUGAUAGUGAUUUGUCUCAGUUCUAUUGCACUUGCGUGUGAAGAUCCCGUGGACGAAGAUGCCUUUCGCAACGUUAUUUUAGAUAAAUUCGACUAUGCUUUCACUAGCGUUUUCGCCGUGGAAAUGUUUUUGAAAGUGAUCGAUUUGGGCAUUAUCCUCCACCCAGGGUCUUAUCUCAGGGAAGUUUGGAAUAUUAUGGAUGCAGUAGUCGUCAUUUGUGCACUAGUCUCCAUGGGCUUUAAUUUUGCAAAGCGUCCUGAAGCUGCCAACUUGUCUACCAUAAAAUCUCUGCGAGUGUUACGUGUUCUUAGACCUUUAAAAACAAUAAAAAGAGUGCCGAAACUGAAAGCAGUAUUUGACUGCUUAGUGAACUCCUUAAAAAAUGUGAUAAAUAUUCUUAUAGUGUAUAUAUUAUUCCAAUUCAUAUUUGCUGUGAUUGCCGUUCAGUUAUUUAACGGAAAAUUUUUCUACUGUACAGAUGCUAGUAAAUUUACCGCUGUGACCUGCCAAGGUCAAUAUUUUGUAUAUGAAGAAGACAAUGAUGUGCCUCAGGUGCAAAGUCGCGAAUGGUUGCCACAAAAAUUCCAUUACGACAAUGUCCCCAUGGCGAUGCUGACGCUGUUUGCUGUACAGACUGGCGAAGGAUGGCCUCAGAUUCUGCAAAAUUCAAUGGCUGCCACUUAUGAGGAUCAAGGCCCAAUUCAAAAUUUCCGAAUAGAGAUAUCCAUUUUCUAUAUUGUAUAUUUCGUAGUAUUUCCUUUCUUCUUUGUAAAUAUAUUCGUGGCCUUGAUCAUCAUUACCUUUCAAGAACAGGGUGAGGCUGAACUUCAAAGCGGAGAAAUAGACAAAAACCAGAAAUCUUGCAUCGACUUCACCAUACAAGCCCGGCCGUUGGAGAGGUACAUGCCAAACAAACGGAACAGCUUCAAAUACAAAAUAUGGAGAAUUGUUGUUUCCACUCCCUUCGAGUAUUUUAUCAUGAUGUUAAUUGUAUUUAACACGUUGUUACUUAUGAUGAAGUAUGACAAGCAAGGCGAAACCUACACCAGUACAUUAAAGUAUCUCAACUGGGGAUUCACGGGAAUGUUCACUGUGGAGUGUAUCCUGAAGAUUCUUGCAUUCGGCGUAAGGGUAAGGAACUUCUUCAAAGACCCGUGGAACACGUUUGACUUCGUGACUGUUAUCGGUAGCAUAGUGGACGCUAUGGUUGUCGAGUUUGGAGAAAAUUUCAUAAAUGUUGGAUUCUUGAGGUUGUUCCGAGCUGCUCGGUUGAUCAAGCUACUACGUCAGGGAUACACGAUAAGAAUACUGCUUUGGACUUUCGUUCAAAGUUUCAAAGCACUUCCUUACGUCUGUGGACUUAUCGCCAUGCUUUUCUUCAUUUACGCCAUUAUUGGAAUGCAAGUUUUUGGUAACAUUGAAGUUUCUCCGGAGACAUCUAUAGAUAGACAUAAUAAUUUUCGUAAUUUUAUUCAAGGACUAAUGCUAUUAUUCAGAUGUGCCACAGGUGAAAAUUGGCCUAGCAUAAUGUUAUCGUGUGUGAAAGGCAAGGAUUGUGACGUUAAUUCGGGAAAAACUGGACAACAGUGUGGUCACAAUAUAGCUUAUGCCUAUUUUGUGUCGUUUAUAUUUUUCUGUUCAUUCUUGAUGUUAAACUUGUUCGUAGCCGUCAUUAUGGACAAUUUUGAUUAUUUAACACGUGAUCCUUCCAUAUUGGGUGCUCAUCAUUUGGACGAAUUCGUUAGAAUUUGGGCAGAAUACGAUCCAAAUGCCACAGGAAAAAUCCACUACAGCGAAAUGUACGACAUGUUAAAAAAUAUGGAUCCGCCAUUAGGAUUUGGAAACAAGUGUCCUAAUCGAUUAGCGUAUAAGAAAUUAAUUAGGAUGAACAUGCCAGUAGAUGACGAUGGGAAAGUUAAUUUUACUACGACAUUCUUUGCCCUCGUCAGAGAAAAUCUCAGCAUUAAAAUGCGAACAGCUGAUGAAAUGGACCAGGCCGAUGAGGAACUCAAAGAGACAAUCAAAAACAUCUGGCCGAUCCAAGCCAAGAACAUGGUGGAGCUGUUAGUUCCACCGACCAACCAACUCAACACCGGUAAAAUGUCCGUCGGCAAGUUAUACGCCGGUCUGUUGAUCCUGGAGAGCUGGCGCAGCACCAGGUUCGGCCAGGUGGAGCCUACUGGUAUACCGAAAGCAUCAUUUUUCGACUGCCUGAUGGACAUGGCCGGGCAUCUCGGAGGCGGAGGCAGCAGGGCUGGGUCUUUUAGUCUGGAAGUCGCCCCCCUUAUGGGGGGACAAGAUCAUUCUGAAACCCAUCUCACCCUGCCAGAGGAUAGCUCUCUUAUUACCCUUGCCAGAAGAAAUACGAAGAGGAACCGAUCGAUUAGGAACAAAAAGGUGAUGGAAUUUCAGGAUAUCAUCGGAGGCUCACGAAGGCCAUCGUGCGAUAGUGCCGGGGAUCAGGCAUUGUUAAGGCCAGGAAGUUUCAUUAACCAUCAUAGAAGAAGUCCCAGUCACAGGCAAAACUCUCCGUCAUUUCAAAGAAGUCCGUCGCCACGUAGAAGAUAUCCGCAACAUCUUCACCAUGACAUUGGCUUCUCUGAUACAGUUUCUAACGUAGUUGAAAUUGUUAAACAAGAACAUCAAAUGGCCUCGCAAAGGCAUCGAUUCCCUAGAGGUAUACCGAUGCAGAAAUCUGCUGCCCAUCAGGGCAACGUGCAGCACAGCCAUCCGACGCUGGGAGGGCGCAAAGGUCAAGGAAGAAGACUGCCUCCGACUCCUUGCAAGCCUUCCACCCUACAGCUUCGGCCGGGGUCCAUUAAUUUCCCUAAACUCAACGCAUCUCCUACACACCAACAUUUUCAGUCUCAUUCGGCGCACGUAACUCCACACAACCACCCGCACACGUUCCCCCUCGACCGAGAACCUCUCAGGGAAAUAUCUCCUCCAGAGACCGCAAACAUCAACCCCGUCAACGUAGCAGUCAAUCCUGGAGUCAGGGAUGCCAACCAAACACCUCUGAGUUUCGAGCAAGCCGUUGCUAUGGGUAGGGGUGGAAGAGUACUCCCCAGUCCUUUACCUAACGGGUACAAACCCAAACCAACGGGAUCUGGCCACUCCGAAUCAGACGAAGAUGACUGGUGCUAG